GGAAGGAGAGGAGCCUAAGCGAUGGAAAUAAGGAUAAGCAAGCAAUCCAUGGCCACUGGAGUCUGAAGCCAACAUCAGCCAUGCAACAACCGCAGGUGCAACCCCGCCCCAGCGCGCGCGGCUUCCUCCGUGCCGCCGUCACGUUCAAGCCCAGGAACCCAUUCCUCCUGCACCGUCCGGCCGCGUCCGCCGCCGGCGCCGGCAUCGGCGUCCGGCUGACGGUGUCGGACGCCGAGCUAGCAUCCCGCGGCUUCGACGUGCGGCGCACCGCGGAGGGCCUGGACGUGGCGGCCCUGAACCAGGUGUUCGCGCGCGUGGGGUUCCCGCAGCGGCAGGAGGAGCGUCUGCGGCGCGCGCUGGAGCACAGCGAGGUGGCGUGGCUGGCGUCGGCGGCGACGGGCCGUCCCGUGGCGUUCGCGCGCGCGGCCGGGGACGGGGUGUUCAACGCGGUGGUGUGGGACGUGGUGGUGGAGCCGUCGUGCCAGGGCCUCGGGCUCGGCCGCGCCGUCAUGGAGCGGCUCGUGGCGGAGCUCCGGCGCAAGGGCGUCGGCAACAUCGUGCUCUACGCCGAGCCCAGGGUGGUGGGCUUCUACCGCCCGCUCGGGUUCGCCAUGGACCCCGACGGCAUCCGGGGCAUGGCGUACUACCGCAGCAAGCAGAAGACUGCACAGUGAUCACCACCCAUCUGUUCCGUGCUGUGCUGUGCAUUUCUUUCUUUCUUUUUGUUUUUCUUCCUGGUUUGCUCAGCACCGAUUUGGGAUUGAUCGAAAAUGUCAAAAUAUGAUUAAUACAACUCACAUUACAUAGUGAUCGAUGAACAAUUGAUUGUCAA